AAACAAUUGUGGUGCCCCAGUCCUUGGCAGAUAAAUGUCUUCCAGGCACUGACUGCCAUUCCGCUUGGAGUUGCCUCACUAGAGCAGAUGCGGGUCCGCCGGAGGUUCACCUUUGCAGUAUGCAUUUUAGAAAUAAGCAUUCUGAGCGCCGGGCCCACACCCAGUUACCACCCGAAGCCCGUGGACUGCAAUGGCACACCAUCGCCCAUUGACUGCAGGAUGAGUCCCUGGGGCGAAUGGUCAAGAUGUGACCCUUGCCUCAAACAAAUGUUUCGCUCAAGGAGCAUUGAGACCUUUGGACAAUUUAACGGGCAAAAGUGCGUGGACGCCGUGGGGGACAGGCGGCAAUGCGUGCCCACGGAGCCUUGCGAAGACCUUGAGGAGGACUGUGGAAGUGACUUUCAGUGUGGUACAGGCAGAUGCAUAAAGAGGCGCCUUCUGUGUAAUGGUGACAAUGACUGCGGAGACUUUUCAGAUGAGGAUGACUGUGACAGUGAUCCCCGCCCCCCCUGCCGUGAGAGAGUGGUGGAAGAGUCUGAGCUGGCACGGACAGCAGGCUACGGGAUCAACAUCUUAGGAAUGGACCCCCUCACCACCCCAUUUGACAACGAGUACUACAACGGACUCUGUGACCGAGUUCGGGAUGGAAACACCUUGACCUACUACCGCAAACCCUGGAACGUGGCUGCCUUGAUCUAUGAAACCAAAGUUGACAAAAAUUUCAGAACUGAAUAUCAUGAAAGACAGAUUCAAGUACUCAAAACUAUCAUCGAAGAGAAGAAAUCAAAUUUUAAUGCAGAUUUAACUAUAAAAUUCACACCUACCGAAGCAAUUGAACAGCUGAAAAGUAAAAAUGUAGAACUUGCCAACGAAGAAAACUCAAAUCCUAUGAAUAACAAGGCUCACUUCCGAUUUACAUAUUCCAAAACGGAAACCUACAAACUGUUGUUGUCAUAUUCUUCUAAGAAGGAAAAAAUAUUCCUGCAUGUCAAAGGAGUAAUUCACCUGGGAAGAUUUGUGAUGAGAAAGCGGGAUGUCAUGCUGACAAAAACUUUCUUGGAUGAUGUAAAGUAUCUGCCAAGUACCUAUGAAAAGGGAGAAUAUUUUGCAUUUUUGGAAACCUAUGGAACCCACUACAGUAGCUCUGGGUCUCUGGGAGGACUCUAUGAACUAAUAUAUGUUCUGGAUAAAGCUACCAUGACUGAGAAAGGUAUUGAACUACGGGAUGUACACAGAUGCCUUGGGUUUAAUCUGGAUUUAUCUCUGAAUUUUGGAGUUGAAAUCAAAGGAAAGAUUGAUUCAGAAAAUUGCUUAAAGAGGGGUGACGGUAAAACUGAAAACAUCAUGAAUGACGACUUCAUAGAUGAUGUUAUUUCAUUCAUAAGAGGAGGAACCAGAAAAUACGCAACUGAACUGAAAGAGAAGCUUCUCAAAGGAGCCAAAAUGAUUAACGUGACUGACUUUGUAAACUGGGCCUCUUCCUUAAAUGAUGCUCCGGUGCUCAUAAAUCAAAAACUGUCUCCGAUAUAUGAUCUGAUUCCAGUGAAACUAAAUGAUGCACAUCUAAAGAGACAAAAUUUGGAAAGAGCCAUUGAAGACUACAUCAAUGAAUUCAAUGUAAGAAUGCCAACUGUGCCAGAAUGGAGGGACAGUGAUUCUGCUGGAUGGACAGUGUUUGUGUUCCUGCCCAAACAAAUUUCAGGGAAUUGCUUGUGAAAUCCCAAAAUAGAAAAUCUCUGAAGGAUUGCCAGCCCCCCACCAAAAAAAAAAAAAACAAAACAAAACACUGAGCUGUUGGUUUCCCUGGGAUCACAUGGGAAGAAAAACACCAGGACUCCAGGACUGUCUAGAGGUAGUCCUUGCUGCCGAAUGAAAAGCAACAUGCUUCAUGAAAAUCCCCCCAACCUCUGAAGUCUCCUCUCUCAGAUCCACAGAGCUUCUUCUCUUCCUUGAACUCCUAUGGUUUCCAGUUUUUUAUUACAUAAUGAGGAGAGUCAGCAGUCAAAUAUGCCAAGACUGCUUUCUCCCACAGGCAAUGCCAAUCUCUUGCUAACAAAACAAAAUUAAAUUAAAAAGAAAGUGUUGGUUAAAAAGACCUUAAAGUCAUUGCCAAAGGUCUUUGUAUGACGAAUACGUUCUGCCAGGUCCAUCACCACAAGUCUGUACCAUGCAAUUUCACUCCUGUUUACAUACUUGUGUCAUGUUCGGUCAUUUGUAGAUACGUGCAUGCCUUCGUUCUGAAAGUACAAACACCCACCACAAGCACAGCACUCUGCUUUUUAAGUCUUAGCUCUCUGGUUUAACUCUAUGUGUCCAAGGAGGAAAAUGUAUUGUAUUUGUAACCAAAAACUAUUAGAUUCAGUAAUGUGAAAUUACCUUUAUUCAGUCAUAGUUUACCAAAAAAUGAAAACAAAACAAAAAACAAAACCCAGCAAUUCCAUAUGGUCCCCUUAAUACCUAGUGUUACGAGUUGUAUAAAGUCUACCCAUAUAAGAAGUUAAUUAAAGGAGCUGGCUGUACAAUUG